UGAAGUGACAAAAGUAGGAAUCUACUUUUGAAAUUUUGACAAAAGUAGGAAUCUACUUUUGAAAUUUUUGUACAAAUAGACCACCACCUUCAUCAAAUCGAAGAAAACCAUGUCAAAUAAUGACAAAAGUUAAUAAUUUUUGUACAAUAGUAGUUUUAACUUUUGUAGAAUAGUAGUUAGGCACUUUGUCUAUAAAUAGAAUGUAGAAAUUCUUGUGGGGAGUAGCAUUCUCUCCAAGUAUUCUCUCAUUUCUUCUCCCUUUAUCCCGAAAUUCUCUCUCUCCCUUGUAAAAACAUCAUUCAAUAAAUAUAUCUUACAAGUUUGAAGCAUAGAAGAAGCCUUUAAAGAGGAGGAAUUUAAAACUCAAGUAUUCAAAGAAGACAGAGUUUAGACAGUUCACCCAACUGAGAAACAUAACAGAAAGUUAAAAGACGGCGAGAUCAAGGGCUCCGAAUCGACUUGAGUCACAGAACGACGCCGGAGAAUUUCUCCGGCAGCCGAUUUUGUUUUACCGAGACAUUAAGUCACGAAAUUUCCGAUCGAAUUUCUCGAGACAAUGAUUAAAGCGGUGAUAGUGAUGAAUGACCAAGGGAAGCCCCGGCUUGUCAAAUUUUACACCUUUCAGGUCAGUCAAAACUACACCUCUCCACUUAUCUUAAUCAAAUUCUUCAAUGCCGAUCCUUGUUAAUUAAUUUUGAUGUUUAUAAGCACAGGCCGUGGAGAAACAGCAAGAAUUGAUUCGGAGCAUUUACGAAGUUCUACGCAGUAGGGCCAACAACGUGAGCAACUUCGUGAAAAUGGAUUCAUUGUUUGGACCUGAUGUGCGACUUGUGUACAAGACGUUCGCCACGCUGUACUUUGUGUUUGUGUUUGAUGGCUCUGAGAAUGAGCUUGCUGUUUUAGAUCUUAUGCAAGUUUUUGUGGGAACAUUGGACAAAUGCUUUCAUAACGUGUGCGAGCUUGAUAUAGUAUUCAAUUUUAAUAAGGUUCAUACAAUUUUAGACGAAAUCAUACUGGGGGGUCAAGUUCUUGAAACUAAUUCUUCAGAAGUGGUGAGGGCAGUUGAUGAAAUCUCAAAGAUGGAGAGGACUGCAAAUUCGAUCAUGUUACCGUCAAUCUCAAGCUGGAGCAGCAGAUAGCAGUUUAUUUACUUAGGCAAGUAUUCGAAGCUAGAUUUCCUGUUUGCAAAGACACCAAUGAGUUUUCUUUUUCUAACAUUUGUAUUAGUAUAUCUGAUUAUAGGAGACAUAUAACAUCGCCAUAAUGAGAGCACGUUCUGUAACACAUAAUGCAAUUUAUCAGGUGCCAUUUAAAAAGGAAAAGAAAAAGCUCUGGUUUCCUCAUUAAGUUUUCAGAAUGUAUGUACAGUAGGAAAAUAGGAGAUAUAUAUGCACAAACUACAAAUAAUGCACAAAACAGGAUGAGAUCAUCUCAUGAGUAUCUUACUAACUAAAAAUUUACAAUGUAGAGAAGAAGCAGUUUGCGAUCUCCUGAAAUAAAAAAGUUUAGGAUCAUCUGGAUUGUGUUUAUCUGUAAAAUUUAGGACUUAUAGGUCCUAAGAAUAUUUUAUGAGCUUCUAUAGUUCUUGCCAUUUCAUAAUAAGAACUCUGGGAAAUUUUUCGAUUCUUUAAGGACUUUAGAACCUGGGCCAUUUGGGGCCUUCUAGAAGGCUUGGGAUGAAGGCAGGCAAGGGCCACAAUAGCCAUAGCCCAAACUUCCAGAAAACGAUCUUCUUCCAUUGUUAAAGGUGGGUCUAAAAUGCUGCGAACCAGAUCCUUAUCGUAGAUUUGGAGCCGUAAAUCCUUCCAAUGGUUGGUUGAACUCACCGGAGAAACUGGAUUCUCCGGGGAAUCACCGGGAGCGGCACUCGGUCGGAGGAGUCUGCCAGUGACCAGCUGUAGCAAAACCUUGCCGAAGCAGGAAACGUCAUGGGCACAUGUAGCAUUUGCUUUACCUGGAAUUGAACAAAUUUAGCAUUAGUCCCUUCUGCUCUUUAGCAGUUUAGCAAGAUUCAAGCAGAUCUAUAUUGAAAACCUGGAUCAAGUCACCUACCUUUAGUGCCUCGUCCUGUUCCGCUGCACACAUUAAACUAAGAAAAGUAAAAACGAAGCCAUCAGAGAAAUGGUGCUCAUGAAGAAGAUGUAGAGAUUAAAAAAAAAAAGGCUCACUUGGACAGCCGAAGGAAUUUCGCAAUCCUGUUUUCUUCGGAAACAUUUCUACAGCAUUGUAAACCUCACUAAGGCUUCCGAUCCUUACUUCGAAGUUUUCAUCCAGGAGAAUGCUACUAGCUUCAAAAUCUCUAGAAUAAUCAAAGUCAAGAAAGAAAAGCAGAUGAAGUCAACCUACUUAGGCCGUUGUAAGGGGGAAAAAACAAGGAAGAAGUAGAUUUACCUAUGAACAAUUGGCGGGAUGCACUCAUGAUGCAAGUAACAUAGACCUUCUGCUGCUCCUAUAGCAAUUUUUAACCUUGUCAUCCAAUCUAAAGACGAGAAUUGGAGGCGUUCUGCAACAGUGUCCAGAACGAUUUUGGUAGACAGGUAACUGGACAAGUCCUUAUUAGGCAUGUACUUGUAAACCAGAAACUUAACAUUCACAUUCUCCAAGCAAUGCCCCAUCAAAGGGACCAAUCUAGAAUGCGAUGCUUUGCGCAUAAACUCAAGCUCUGAUAUGAAACGGAGGUGCAGUUCUCUGUUCACUUGCGAUGACAGAUCAAUUCUCUUGAUUACUGCUCUACUUCCAUCUUCGAAAACACCAAUAUAAAGAUCACCCGAAUGACCCUUUUUUAUUAGAUUGGAAUGACUCAAAGAAUCUGUGGCCUGAAGGAUUUGGUCGUAUGUAAACGAAUUUCCAACCAAUAACUCAGAGAAAUCAAAUGAUAAACCUCUAGCGGGGAAACUGAAUGAUGAUGACACAGAGGAGAGCUCACUGGGAGUGGGAGUCAUCAGACUUAAGCGCCGGAGUUCCUCCCGGCACAGGGUAGCUCCCACUAGCCUAUCCCAAUUUUCGUAAAUCCUUGACAUUGAGUACGAUGUAACUGCAUCAAUUCCAGUCAUAUUUCCAUGCAAGUCCCGAGACCCGAACAGAGUUUAGAAGUGGUGGGUGCUUUUGGUAAUUAGUCUUCCUCCAUCAUCAUCAACUAAAUGAUACGAGAUUCUGUUGUAAUAAUGAUGUUCACAGGAUUCUGAUUUUUGGGAUCUUUGACGGAGAGGGAUCUAUCUACCGUGUGUAUUGUGUGUGUGCGUUUGGAUAUACACGGUGUUGACAAGACUCAAACAAAUGAAUAGUUUUUUUUUUAUUCUAAUGAAGCUUAGCUUACAAGUAGUACGUAGGAGGAGGAGGUCUAACAUUUUUAUAGUACUCCCUCUGUCCCAAAAUUAUUGUCUAGUUUGGAUUUUUAUUUUUAGUAAAAUUUGAACAAAAUAUGAAAAUUCAAAUUGGACAAUAAUUUCGGAGCGGAGGGAGUACAACAUUUAUUGUAGUUUGGGUUUUGGAACCAGCUGUUUGAAAGGGGCAGUUUUUUGGCGUGACUUCGAAGUCAUUUCCAUUCUUUCUCUUGUUUGAUUUUUAUUAGUAUUAAGUAUUAACGUUGACUAAUGAGAUGGUUAGUCACUUCCCAAGCUCGGAACGCGUCAUCUUGGGAAGUUGCUAAGUCAUUUUAUAAGGAACUUAUGUCAAGUGAGAUUCAUUCUUU